AUGAGUACACCACUAUGUGAGCUCGAAGGGAGUGCGCCAGUAAGUGAUAGCUUCGCAGCAUUAGUAUCUUCAGGGGCUCAAUUUCCUAUGGCCAGGCACUUGAUGACUCAGGCACAGCAGGACCAACAACAACUUGCUUCUGAAGUCUCAACAACGUAUGAACCAACCACCACCAUAUGGAUCCGGAACUUUAACCAGCUCUGCGAUACACCACCUGCUGAGGAGAGUCGUCUGCCUUUCUUCUCGCGUGACCACUACAAGCAUGAGCGGGUGGUGCCUGACUCAAAGUCUCGAAGGUUCGUGGAGUCUAUGAGACGCUACCGAAGACACUGGAGAGGUAAGAGAGCUCAUGCUAGAAUUGCGGCCAUUUCUAAUGCUCGAAAACCACUUGCAGAACUGGCGCCCCCUGCUCAAAAUUGGCGAUCUUCAGGAGAUAGUUGGCCACCCCCCUUUCCGAGACGUACUCGCAACAAACUCCGGAAGCGUCAAAGGCCUGGUGAAUAUUAA